AUGAACGUCGAGACGAGCAGCGGCCCGGGCAAACGCUCCCUGCUACGCAGCAGGAGCGACGGCGAAAUCCUCAAUUCUGCUACGACAUACGUGCCAAAUCCCGGUCCCUACCUGACCCCGCCUACGACCCCGCAUAGCUUGCGGGAUGGUACGGAUCUCUCCCCAAGCGUGCCGCGUCUGCAGGCCCUCUCAAACAGAGAACACGCGCGUUCUCGCCUUGCGGCGCUGCGCGACGGUUCCAUCGAGGAACCUGUACGCUACGACAGCUUCGACCCGUGGUUCUCAACCUCCGUCAACAGGCAGGCAGGCCGGCGCGUGUCGCCUUUCUCGCACCCUGCCGACCCGACCUCUACCCGAGAUAGACAGACGAGCCAUGCGGACAAGUGCAGGACCGGGACUCGUCUCGAGGGGGAGGAGAGGCCACCGAACAGGAAGAUUCGCGAGGAAGUACGAGCCGAGAACACUCAAGUGAUCGUGCGGAACCGAUUGAUCUGCGCCGCGCUCCCGCUCGUCAACUCGCAGGGCACGAGCAUCACCUGCACGACACAGAAUGAUCUUCAACAACGCAUUGCUGCUACCGGGGCCUCGUCAUCUUCGAACUACACGUCUUCUGCGGCGUCCUCUGUCGCAGCGAGUGCUACCGGAGGUGCUGCGACCAGCUCCUCGCUCACGCUCCUCGACUCACUGAUCAACACCGGGUUCGAGGAUGACGGCACGAACGAGUUCAGCUCCGAGUCCGGCGAAAUCGCCUCCAUCACCUCCUCCAAUAACUUCAUCAACUACUGCUCCACCGUCAACCUCCCGCUCACGACGAACGGAACCCAGGUCAAGGCGGGCUCGUGCAACGCCGCGCCGAUGGGUGCCAUCGCCGCCACGACCGCGAUGCCCUCCGCCAAGUUCGUCAACCCGCCCAACCUCGGGUCUGUCCUCGCGAACACGAACUUCACCGUCGUCCUCGCCAUCCGCAACCUCGAGACGGGCUGGUUCGUGAAACAUCCAUGUGCAUGAACCAGACGGACAGUCCGCGUUCUUCUCGGGCCUGAACGCGGUCGCGGAGAACGGGCAGCUGUCGACGAAGAGCCUUCCGAAGGGCACGUACAGGAUGGCGAGCAUCAACGCGGCGGCGAACCACCAGGCGGUGCUCGUAGCGGUCGCACAGCACGGUUCGCUCGAUGACAUGGUCUUAAGCUUGACGGUCAACUCACGAACCGGACGACACAUUUUCAGUCAACCCCGUCGCUCGUUGCACGACAAUGCGGGCAUUUGUUUGACUUGACGCUCUGGUGUAGCUCUAACAUUAUUGCAGUUCAAUUGUAUCCAUAGCCGCGCAUAGCUGUACUUUACAUUCCUUAACAACCUGACUUCUGGGAUAGUGAUUCCUUUGGUGCUUCGCGUACAUUGGUGUGAAGUCAACAUGGUUUGUCGCA